ACUUCUGUGAACUGUCUGGGAACCGGAGUAAUCGGAACUGUCAAAGUUACCUGCCAACAUUGAGUUAAUGAGUUUGGAAUGUGAGAUUGUUUAUAUUAAUUCUAGGCCAGUUAUUAAUUUACUGUUAUUAACAAUUACCAAAGGCCGUUAUUCAGAAACAAAAAUUAAUACAUUUUAAUUAAAGAAUGUAAAUAGCCAAUAUGGAGGCGAGUCCAGGAGAAGUGCAAGACGACAGUAAAGAUCGAAAAUCGUUCGGAAGAAAACUUUUAGUAUUUACGCUUUUAAGUGGCCUCGCAUAUUCUUUAGGUUAUAUACACUACAAAUAUGUAUCGCAUCUCUUUGAAAAUGACAGAAACUUCCUCUAUUUAUCCGAUCUGGAACGAGAGAUGUCGUUCAGGACAGAAAUGGGAUUCUAUUACUCGUAUUACAAAACUGUUGUCGAAGAAAAACCAUUACUCGCUGGAAUGUAUAAAAUUAUAUUUGACAAAUUAGUCGAAUAUCCUAAGGAUGUCAAUGCAAUGAAUAGAUUUAAUAUUAUUCCCGAGGUCAUUAUAGGGGCUAUGUACAGGUAUUUUGAGCCCUGGUUGAACUCUACCCAGUAUAGGGAAUGCCACAUGGUCGAGAGGGGUCCAGGCCACAGUCCUGUAGAGAGCUGUGUGGGCAUUGGGCAACCGGUUUUCUUCUACUUGGAGGUGAUCUGGUGGUUGUCUGGUCUCACUGUAGCUGCCUUGUUCCUACAUGCCACCAUGCUGAGCCAAAGCGUCUUGGGUGGUCUACUGGCAGUGGUUCAAUACUUCACGAACCACGCUGAGUGUACUCGCGUACAGUGGGCGCCGAAUGAGAGGGAAAAUUUGGCAGCGCCCCUACUGCUCCUACAAGCAUGGCUGUUAACCCUCCAGCUCAGAGAGACGAGUAAUAACAGGAUAUUGAAGCUUGAGAUAUUAACGCUCUUCAUAAACAUACUCUGCUUGCUGUUCUGGCAGUUCACACAGUUCAUAUUCCUCACUCAGCUGGUUAUAUUCUUUGUGAUGGAACAGCUCAAGAUUAUCGACGUCAAAACCUUUGCCCUGAUCCUCUACUCCCACUUCUGCAGCCUGCACACCGCGGUGCUGCUGCUGCAAGGGAACGACAUGCUGAAAUGCUCCUUGUAUACGACUUUUCUGAUCACCAUAUCGAUAUACUGUCUCUUCUUGAGCUACUUGCGCAUCAAGGUCCAGAGCCACUUGGACCUGUUCGUCGAGACGUGGCUCGUCAUCCUGAGGAUAUCGCUCGUUCUGUGCCUCUCGUGGUACCUGAAGAAAUUGUUCAGCGAAUACCUGGAAGUCGAGGAGGAUUCCCACGUCUGGGACAUACUCUAUUCGAAGUUCACAGAUUAUAAAACUUUCCACUCGUUGAUUUAUACGUGCUCGGAAGUCUUCGAUUUCUUGAAAAUAAGUUCCGUCGUCAACAUGAUGAGGAGCCUGCUGAUCCCGCUCGUCCUGGUGAGUUGCAUCAACGUCACGUGUCACUGGCAACACUCGGCGACGGAGAAGUGCGCGAGAGAGACAGAAGAUGCAGCCGAGAGGGACAGGAAGCAGGGCGACAAGAACGACGAUGAAGACAGCGGUAUUGAAAAUAAUACGGACGUCGUACCGAAGAAAGAGCCGACGAAGAUCGACCCCCUGCUGCUAUAUUUGAGAAAUAUCCAAGUGGAGUCCGCCAUAUUCUAUAACAUAUCGCAGAUGAUCGUGUAUGGCGUAAUGGCGGUUUUGGUGAUGCGUUUAAAGCUCUUGUUCUCGACGCAUAUGUGCUUAGUUUCGUCAUUGAUAUUCAAUAAAAAGUAUUACACAUUACCAAAAUCAUUCUCUAAGUACAUACCGAUCAUGUGGGCGAUUCUAAUUGUGCCAAUCUUGACUGAGCUGUCCAAGAAUAUUACGAAAGAAAUGUCGCAUAUAGGAGAGUUCAAUGACUACCCCCAGGAGGAGCUGCUACUCUGGAUAUCAAAGGAGGCGGGCGCUGGGGCGUUCGCGGGUUCGAUGCCCAUUUCGGCCACUGUCAUGCUGUCGACCAGACGGCCCAUAGUCACUCACCCGCACUACGAGCACUUGGAAGCCAGACAACGCGCUUAUUCCGUGUACAAAAUGUACGGCAAGUUCUCGCUGAACGAUCUCUAUCUGGAAUUGAACAAAUACCGAGCGACGUACCUCAUCGUUGAAACCAAAUACUGCUACGGAAGGAGCAUGAAACGCUGUUCGUUUGAAGAUAUUUGGGACGUAGAAGCGCCGGCCCUGAAAUCGAAUCCCAAGCUCUGCCACACUCUACUCACUGAACCGGUGGAUCACUUCUACCCGGUGUUCAGGAACGAACACUACGCGGUCUUCCGGAUACACGACUUCAGUGUUCGAUACAUGCCUCGGACAUUUGACACUUGACAUAUGGACGGAUAUCAAUUUAUGUAUAUUGAGACUGAAGACUACUCGAACGAAACAGACUAAUUUAAAAAAAAAAAGAACCUUUUCUACGAGGUCCGUUUCAACUUCCAUUAAACAUAGCGUUUUAAGUACUUUAAGAAUUUUAAUAGACCCCCGGCUUUCAAUGCGGAGAUUUUUAUCACAAAUGUAUUUAAAAUCAAGUAAAUUCACCGCUGGGCUUAAGUUCCCUUUGAGGCAGUUAUUUAUAGAAAUUAGACAUAUUCAGGUUUCCCUGCGACGUUUUCCUUCACCGAAAACGUGAUGAAUUAUUUAUAAGACAUUAAGCACAUGGAUAUUUAGAGGUGCUUGCUUGGAUUAACCCGCAAUGGUUCUGACGACUAAGCCAUCCCGGCUAUGUAUAAUCUCUUAAAGCAAUUGGCCAUUUGACAAUGCGAAAAAUAAAAUGUCAAUUAUUGUAAUCAGUGUACAUUAUGAGUUUAAAAAUGGUUAUUUAUCAACGAAAGUUGAAAAUAAUAAUUAAUUUAUUCAAAAAUCCAUAAAUAAAAAUUCAUUUUUUAAAUGUUCGCUCAAAACGCACCUAAUUGCUCGGGUUUAGGAUGACGUCACUUGCUUGUUAACCUCGUUUGCCUACUGUAUGUGGAUUAUACGUGCCACAGAUUACAAUACAGGUAAGUGACGUCACCGACCCCAUUCC